AAGUUCGAAGUAAUUUGAACUGCUGUCAAAAUAACCUCUUUUUUUCCUUUAAAAAAUAUACUUUUGUUCAAGAAAAACGGCAUUUUUAAUCGUUAAAGGUAUCCUUCAACGUAUGGCUUGAUAGAAUUUGAUUUCAUUCGUCGAAACGAUGGCAAAUCUUCCCAGAAUCCGCAACUAUCAAGACUUGAGAUACAAGUUUAUAAGAGGGUUAAUUAGACAUGAACAUCAGCAACGUCRACAUCAGUUCCUCAAGCAAGCAGCUGAAUGGACAUCUAAAGCCAUUGUAUCCCUGUCUCUGGCAUCUGAACCAAUCAGAUCAGCUAAACAAGCUACUCAACUUGAAGGGGUUGGUGCAAUAAUCAGAUCUCGUCUUGAUAAGAUUCAAGCUGAAAAUAAUAUCAAACCAGAUCCUCCAAAUCCUGGUCAUCAUGCUAGCACAGGGUCAGGUCUUCUUGUUGCAUUGUUGAAUGAAAGUGAAGCACUAGGUUCUUCAGAGGGAGGGAAGCCAUUGGUUCCUGAGCCUGACUUGAAAGAAGCUUGUCAGUUGAUUUGUGAUGAGAAGUUCAACAAGAUCCAAGCAUCAGCUGAUGGAACACCAGUGCUUUGUCCUGCAUGGUGGAGAAUUAAUGUUCUCAUCAGCAGAGGUUAUGUCAAAAAACGAACCAGAGGGAAGCAAGCUGUUUAUGAGCUGUUACCAGAAGGUGAACAGAUUGCCAUGAGAUUACGAGGCAACCAUCCUCCUCCCGUGCGCAUCAGAAAUGUUCCCCCGCUUCCACAAAGUCCUGCUAAAGGAAGAAAAAAGACUCCAUCUAGCACAAAGAAGGCUAUAGAACCAAGAUCUGGAAAUUCUGGUGUGACUGAGCCAACUGCCGCUGCAUCUGCAAGCAAUUUUAAGGGACCUUUGUAUUGUCAUGACAGAGGCACUGAUGGUGUUCUGAUGUUGGUUGAUGAUCAUGAACUUGGAGGAGAUAGAGUAAGGUUGGGAGAGUUGUGUCGAAGACUGAAGGAAUGGGAUGUCCAGCACAAGACCACACACCUCCCCUGUGGGGACUAUUUAUGGCUUUGGCGAGAGAAUGGCAAAGAGGUUGCAUUACCAAUCCUUGUAGAAAGGAAAAGAGCUGAUGAUCUCGCAGAAAGUAUAAAAGACGGGAGAUUUUUAUCUCAAAAGGACAAAAUGAUACGAUGGAGGGAGGAGUUUGGAAUACUUUCCAAUGAAGUUAGCCUUCAGUAUGUAGUGGAAUCAACCCCAGAAGCUUAUCGCGUGAAAUGUAUGGAUGGGUGUAACGGUGUUGGGAAGUGCGGCAACCCCACAGUACAACAGGUUGAGGUCGCUAUAAAUGAACUAGAGAAGAAUACAGAUAUAACAUUAAUUAAAACAGAAAACCUGGAAAUUACUGUUGAGUAUCUGGCGUCCAUAACGGCAGAAUUACGACAAAGAGUCACGAAUGGAGACUUCCAAACGUUGCGUCUUAUGAACCAAGAUCGUCCAUUGCCUCUAACAGACAUGCGCAGUAAAUCAACUGCGUCAAAGAAGAGUAAAGUAACAGCUACAUCCACUAAAACCAUUGCUGAUUUACCCACUACUGCGCAUGCACUGACAAACAAAUUUUCGUCGACCCACCAAAUUACGCAUGCGCAAAAGGUGGAUUCAAAGACAAAAGAUUAUGAGAGGACUACGCAUGCUCAGUCUUCCACUUCUAGUUGUUCGCUCCAAAAGGCGGGAAAUAAGAGGCGUGGCUCCUACAUCGCGAUCGACGUGGAAGACAUUAUUGAAGAAAACCCUAAAAAGGCCAAAAAAGUUGUUAAUGUCGAGCUCCUGGAUGAUUCGCAAGAGGACUAUUUGUUAGAACAGUCCCCAUUUGACGAUUUGUCCAGUAAGCCAUUCUCUAGUAGAAACGUUAGCUCGGUCAGAGAAAGGUCUUCUUACGCGGAGAACUCGCAGAAAUAUUCACCUCCAUUGAAUCCAGCCAAUCAGGUCCGGGAAAAAUCCGAUAAUGACGAGGAAGCCAAGAUAGUGGCAAUUCGUGACGUCAUACCGGAUGCGAGCCUCGACGCGGUGCUUAGCGCCUUGUGUUCUGCUGGCGGGAAUAUUGAACUCGCAGUAGCUAAACUUCUUGAUAACCCUAGUAAUCACGAUAGAACUGCCAAAUUUUGAGAUCCAGCGUGAAGAAUAUUUUGUUUUUAUGUGACGGGUAUUAUUACAUCCACUGUGGGACGCAAGGGAGACUUGCAGUCCCUUUGAAUAGCAUGCGCGGAAUCGUGCCUCAAUCAAUACCUCAUCUCCAUGACAUAAAUGGGUAGCAUGGGUGGCGUUCGCGGCUAACGCGUCGUCUUUC